GGAGCCACUUUGCUUUUGCUGGUGGUUUCGAAGAGCGCACACAAGGAGUGUUUUGUUGAAAGCUUGGACUGAAGACAUUUGGUGGUGCUCCCCGUAGGGAGCAGUAGAAACUCAGUGAACGGGCUCAGGAGAAUGUCGCCUGCAGCUCCCAUUUGAGCUCAAAUUAGCAACUGCAGAGUGCUUGCGCCUUCAGAACCUAAAGGGAUUUGCAGGAAGGAUGUCAAGCCUUGCUUCACAACACACUGGGAGAAUGCAAGGACUGCUCGCCUGUAGAGCCUGGUCUGAAGUUGGCGGGCCAACAAAAAGCGCCUUCACACAACUGGCUGCAAACAAGAACCGCUUUCUUAUCGUCAAGUGUCCCAGCAGAACUUAUGCCGCUUCUGCUUCUCAGGUUAACCUUUCUGUGAAAGAAACUUCGGACCAGGCGCGCGGCGGUCUCCCCCGGUUUUUCAUCGAGCGCCUGCCUCUUUGCAAGGGACAAAGCGUACGCCUGGAUGGCAACGAGCUGUGGCACAUGGCCAGGGCGCUGCGCAUGAAAGAGGGAAACAGACUUGAGCUUUUUGACGGCAAAGGUGGCCUGGCGCUUUGUACAAUUGAGCACCUGGGAAAGGACGGAGCAAGCCUCCAGGCAGAGGAGGAGCCUGUCCGAGUCCCGCCUCCACUCUGCAACUGGGAGGUGGUUGUUGCGUGCGGCAGUCUGAAAGGUGGCCGCGCCGACUGGCUGGUGGAGAAGUGUACGGAGCUGGGGGCUUCCGCUUUGCAGCCGCUGCUGACGGAGCGCUCCCCCUCAGUCGGCGAACGCAUCGAGCGGUGGGAGCGGGUCACUCUGGCGGCCACUAAGCAGUGCCAGCGGCUGCAUGGGAUGGCGGUGCGGGAGCCUCUACCGAUUCAGCGGUUACUUCCCACAGUGGCGUCGAAUUGGGCUUACCUGGCAACUGCCGGCGCAGGCCCGCUACUGGAAAGCUACCGCGCAACGCCUCCUCCGCUCAAAGGAGGUCUGCUCCUUGUCGGCCCUGAGGGGGAUUUCACGGAAGGCGAGCUCGCAAGCCUGCAAUCUGCCGGCGCAGUCCCCGUGGGGCUCGGCCCCCGUCGCCUCCGAGUGGAGACGGCCGCGAUCGCGAUGCUGAGCGCCCUCCAAAUGGCCGGGGACACGGUUUAG